AUGGCUUCUUUUUCCUUACUUUCGACAUUCUCACGAUUUUCUUUUCAGGCUGAUCGUGUGCAAUUUAUUUAUCGCGCAUUCUGUACAGAAAUUCUCGAUGUACCUGAAAAAUCCUUAUCGGAGCUACCAUUCGAGUGCCAAUUCACUUCCGACAUGAUAGAUAUGCAUCAAAAAAGCGAGCCACUGCUCCUUCUGUUUACCACGAUGCGAUGUUUCGUUAUGGACUUUGGAGAUGCUAACACCGACUUGACCAUGUGUGACCUGAUCAACCCACAGCCGAAGAGGACUCGGAAGCUGCUUUCGGUUGUAGCUGAUUACACGAACUUCCAUCGGGUAGCAUCGCAAGUGUUCGAGAAAACUAGCAGUGAAUACGAUCACGCCCGGAGAGAGAUAGAAGAGGGUCUAGAACAAGUUCGUCUUGCGGAAGAGAGGAAAAAUGCUCUACGAAGUGAUCGAGACAGUCGAAAAAGAAAAGAAAAUGGGGUAGCAUCGCAAGUGUUCGAGAAAACUAGCAGUGAAUACGAUCACGCCCGGAGAGAGAUAGAAGAGGGUCUAGAACAAGUUCGUCUUGCGGAAGAGAGGAAAAAUGCUCUACGAAGUGAUCGAGACAGUCGAAAAAGAAAAGAAAAUGGGCUUUUGGCUGAGAGCGGCAAGAAAAACGCUAUCCUCACUGAAUUGAUGAAAGAAACUCAAGCGACUGAAUGUAAUAGGGACGCUAUUAUCAAGGCCAUUGAAGAAGGGAAGCAAGAAAUCGUAAAAGCUUUCUCAGAUAUAGAGGCACACAAAAACGAGAUUGAACAUCUCUCGAAGGGCGUUGUGAAAUCCCCUGUACGAGUUCGCAACGACGUCGAUGAGCAGCGAUUGGCAAUCAGGCGCCUGCAAGAAAGUUGUGACGCUGAAAGGCAGCGGAUUAGUGGUAAUAAUGAGAGCAUGUCAGUGAUCGAACAGGCGUCAAAACUACUCGAUGACCGUUCAAAUGAGCUUGAUCGUCUCCGUGAUUUCCAGGCUGGAGUUAACGUUCUGGAGCACGAGCGCGCAAACUCUGAAGCCCUGGUAGCCGAGGCUGCUAAAUAUAAGAUGCAGAGAGAAGAGGCAUUGAGUAGGCUGGUGAAGUUAAGUGAGGAUGAAGAAAAAGGUCACAGCCGUGCUCUGGAAGUAUACAGUGCUAGACUUGAAGAUUUGAAGCUGAGAAAGGAGGCUCUUGUCGAUAUCAUGAACAGUUUACGGAAGAAUGCCUCUUCAAUUCGGGAAGAGACUAUGCAGCUACAAAAAGAAAUGGUUCGACUACGCAAUGAAAGAACAGAAGAAACUGAUCUUGCACGCAGAUAUUGUUUGGAAUUACGGAGGCGUUUCCUUGAUCUGUUAGAGAAGGCUAGUCGUUCAUCAUUUUGA